AAAAAUCUAAAAAAUAAGUUAAUAAGUUAAACGAAAUUAAAAUAAAUUGAAAUAAAGCAAAAACAAGGAGGAUCUAAUCACUGAAAUUUAUUAGUGCAUUGCAAUACGCUCUUACAGGUGUCAAAGCGAUAUUAUGAAACGUUGAACAACAGUAUAUUAAGUUUGUGCCUGGAUCUCCUAUAUUUUAUAGUCCUACACCGCGUGGUUACUGCAGUAAUUGUUGCGAAAUUAAGGAAAGAGAUGAUAUAAAAUUUAUGCUUUAUACUAGAGAGAAUCCUUUUAAAACGCAAUUUUUAUAUUUGAGUGAUGAGCGACGUUUACGCAAAAGUAAUUUCAAUUUUAAUUAUCCGCUGGCUAUAUAUCUCCAUGGUUUCUCAGAAUCGGCCACUGGCGAGAAGCAAAGCAGUCAGGAGCUUAAAGAUGCAUUUUUGAAAAGAGGAAAUUACAACGUCAUACUCAUUGAUUGGAGUGCUAUGACUGCCGUACCAUGGUAUACAAAUGCUGUGGAUAAUAUGAAUGUGGUAGCUCGUUACAUAGCCAGAUUUAUACGUUUUCUUGUAAUGCAAGGUUAUCCGGUACAGCGUAUGCAUCUGAUAGGCUUCAGUUUGGGAGCAGAAGUUGCAGGUUUUAUUGGUAAACAGUUACAAGAGCGGGGCAUAAAUUUAAAACGAAUAACCGGUCUUGAUCCUGCUCUUCCAUUAUUUGACGAUAACAGCUCAAAUCGUCGACUUAAGCCGGCUGAUGCUUAUUUCGUUGAUGUUAUUCAUACGGACGGCGGAAUCUUGGGUAACCCUGAAGCUAUGGGUCAUGUCGAUUUCUAUCCUAACGGCGGUCACGCAUUACAACCUGGGUGUGCACGUCAAGAGAUAGCUAAUAAUCGUUGGCUCGGCAUAUUAGUUGGCUGUAGUCAUCAACGUGCUUGGGAAUAUUUUAUUGAAUCAAUACGUAACCCGUUGGCGUUUCAAGCUAACAGAUGUGAGCCGUCGAAGCUAUUUGGCAUUUGUCAACGUGAUGGCAAUGGCAUGGCUUACAUGGGGAUGGGGGCAGAUCGAAGAUUACGCGGUAAAUAUUUUUUGGAUACUAACGAUGAGGCACCGUAUGGCCGCAAUGCUUUAGGCCGUAUUCUAAAGUUAUCAUCAACUGCCGUAAUUGCGUUGCCUUUAAAAUAUAGCAACAAUGUGACAACGACAACAGCAGCUGGAGAUGCAACACAAGUAGCUGACACAUUGAUAGAUGUCAUACCAACAAUAACAGCGGCGACGAGGCAAAGGCAACAACAACAACCACAAGAACGGGAGCAACAAAAGGAUCUAACAGAAUGGUAUGAUAGCAAUGAUAGCAAUGGUUACAAUGAUUACGGUGGCAUACUUUAAUCAGCAAAAGUAAAACUCAAGUAAAGAUGGAAACGUGAUGAAAUUGAAUAACGGCAACGAACAAGACAAAACAAGUAAAAAGAAAGAAAACGGAAGAAAAAAAUUGACUAAUCAAAAACCAAGUUUUGGAAAGUUUUACAUGAAAUUCUUUAAAUUGGAAAAUUCCUUUAAAGAACUAGAUAUAGAUAAACUGGGUGGCAUUAUCGUGUGGACAAUCCGUAUGGCGACCUAAAAUAUUUAUUGUACUCAACUGUAUGGCAUAGUUUAGAGUAUCACACGAUCUAACCUAUAAAGUUUCUAUUUCUGCAUAUAUAUUUAAAUAUAGUAACUACACAAAGUAUUAAACCUAAGAGUCAAAGUAAAAUCAAAUAAAUUAUAACAGUUUUUGUACGGCAUAAGAAA